AUGUCAGAUCGUCCGCUGCUUGUAGUAGGCAACUACAAUCCCUACUACGGUGCCUCUGGCAGAAGCAGUAAUGGUCCAACACUUCCUGACAAAAGUGAUGAGCAGAUUAGAUCAAUCGUGGAGAAGAGGCUUCUCCGUAAGUUGGACCUUCGAGUAGCCUUUCUAGUUCUGGUUUACAUUAUGAACUAUAUGGACCGCACUAAUGCAGCUGCAGCGAGGCUGCGUGGUUUUGAGGAGGACCUCGGCAUGACGGGGAGUCAGUUUAAUACACUCAUGAGCAUCCUGUACGUGGGGUAUUUUUUGACGCAAGUUCCCUCCAACAUGUUCUUAGAUCGCAUGAAAAGGCCAUCACUGUACCUCUCAAGUUGCAUGGCAAUAUGGGGUGCUCUCACCGUGUUUAUUGGUACGUAUCAUACUGUUCUUAUCUUGCGCUUCUUCAUUGGAUUUGUAGAGGCGGCGUUCUAUCCCGGAGCUGUAUUCCUUCUUUCGCGAUGGUACAAGCGCAACGAGCUAGGGUUACGCACAGCACUUCUUGCUUGCGGCAGCUCAGUCAGUAAUGCUUUUAGUACCCUUAUGGCGUCAGGAAUCUUGGCAGGCCUAGAUGGCACACUAGGCUUUACGGGUUGGAGAUGGCUCUUCUUUGUGGAAGGCACUUUAACCAUCGUGAUCGCAUCGUCUGCAAUCUGGAUUUUACCAGAUUUUCCGUCAACGCCGAGCGUCUGGCUUUCGCCCGACGAACAAACCUUGGCCAAACAACGGAUGGAGGAAGAAGUUGCGGCCGCAAGCCCGCAGAGGGAUUUUCUGGUCUUCGCUGAGGCUCUAAUGGAUUGGAGGGUAUGGUGGCUUGGUGCUGCUCUUGCCUUGAUGGUCGCUUCUUUAUCAUUCGGCAACUUUUUCCCCACACUAUCAGCUACCAUGGGUUACAACACCACUAUUAGCCUCUUACUCUGCGCACCUCCGUGGAUUUUGGGAACUGCAACUUCAUUUAUUGUGGCCAGGCACUCCGACGCAACUGGUGAUCGCUUCUGGCAUAUCACAGGCCCUCUACUUGUCGGUAUCAUUGGGUUUAUGAUUGCCAUUUCUACUAUGAAUACGGCGAUUCGAUAUUUGUCGUUAUUCUUUAUGACUCAGGCCCAAGUGGCCUUUGUUAUCUCUUUGACCUGGGCCAUGAAUACCUUGUCCCAAUCACAGUCGAAACGCGCUGCAGCCGUCGCACUAAUAAACUCGAUGGGAUCAAUUGGCAACAUUGGUUCAUCGUACUUCUGGCCGUCUAGUUGGGGGCCUUCAUACGUGAACUCAUAUCUCAUUUGCAUCUUGACAAGCGUCAUGUCUAUUGCGAUGUGCUGGGUAUUUAGGGAACACCUUUCGCGGUGUAAUGAAGCUGCUGCAGCCAAAGAGCGAGCUCUAGGGCUGCCUGAGGGAUUUAGAUAUCUCCUGUAG